CCCUAUUUUCACUUUUCUUGAAACGAAAUUAUGAGCGUGUCUCUUUAAGGAUUUACAGCGCUUCCGCUGACGCGCUUCACUUCAAGGUUGUAACUGUUAUUAGUUGCACUAUGGACUUUCAUCAAACUCGGUGAAUGGUAAAUUGUGUUGCGCUAUUACAAACAAUAAAGCAGAGAAAUGAUUUGCAUCCUGUUGGUUGCAGGGCACGGCACGGUUUUAGAAACACAAAUCAAGGCCUGUAUGCUCAUUUGAGCGGUGUGCCCAAAGCUCUUUUACCUGGAGUGGGUGGAAAGAAAAUCUUGGAUUUCUGGUGGGAAACAGUCAACACGCGUCAGCUCUUCAGUGAAGUCUAUUUGGUCACAAAUGCUGAUAAAUUCAAGCAUUAUGAACGGUGGGCUACAGCAAAUGACUUUCCAGUGGAGAAUGUUGUGAACGACGGCAGCACGACUCUUGAUGACAGACUCGGUGCUGUCGCGGACCUUGAGCUGGCCAUCCGAAGCCGCCAGCUACAAGAUGACAUCAUGGUGAUUGCAGGUGACAUGCUUUGUGCUGAUCAGAAUUUUGACAUUGCACAAGUCAUUCGCUUUUUCAGGUCCAAGCCUGGAGAACUUGCAAUAUAUUAUGAACUUGAGACAGGAGAGAAGAGCAACUCCAGAGGAAUUGUUGAAGUGUGUCCUGACACUCAUCGAGUCAUGCUCUUUCUUGAGAAGCCCCAGGAGGGCCUCACUGCAUCACGGCUUGCCAGCGUUGUCUUCUACUGUCUGCGCAAGGAGUCUUUACCAUACAUCUCUGAAUUCCUCUACAAUCACUCAGAUGUUACUGACAGAACCUUUGGAAAGUUUUGGGAAUGGCUGAUAAAUGAGGAGAAAGUGCCUGUUUAUGGGAUGAAGCUGCCAACAGGAUUUCAACUAAUUGGUCAAGUGGGUCUGUCUGAUUACACAAAAUGGCUUGCUCACUAUUCUUCAAAGCAACAGUUGUCCCCAUCUAAACCCAUUACAUGCCGCUCAUAUGCCAGGGUUGGAGUUAUGGGGAACCCAUCUGAUGGUUUCAAUGGAAAAACCAUUGCCAUGACCAUUGCUAACUUUUGGGCUGAAGUCACGCUCAUGGAGAGUCAAACUCUGGUUCUUCUACCUCAUCCUCUGAAUGACCCAACAGAGUUUGGAAGCUUGCAGGACCUUUUCCGGAUCAGCCGCAAAGAGGGGUACCUAGGAGGUCUACGACUUUUGCAAGCCACCUGCAAAAAGUUUUACCAAUUCUGUUCGGAACAAGGCAUUGCUCUGUCCAAGCAGAAUUUUACCCUCAAGUAUGACACAAACAUUCCUCGGCAAGUGGGUUUAGCUGGUAGCAGUGCAAUCGUGUCAGCCACCUUGAAGUGCCUGAUGAAGUUUUACAACAUUACAGACAAUGAUCUUCCUAAACCAAUCAGGGCUAACUUCAUCCUCAAUGUUGAGACGGAUGAGCUCUUCAUCACAGCUGGUCUACAGGACAGGGUUGUGCAGGUCUAUGAAGGCUUGGUUUACAUGGACUUUAGCAAGCACCUUAUGGAUGAGCGGGGUUUUGGAGAGUACAUUCCCUUGGAUAUGACUGAUCUUCCCUUAUUUUGGCUGGCCUACUUGGGUGAUCCAAGUGAUUCUGGACGGAUUCACAGUAAUGUUAGACAACGCUGGCUGAAUGGUGAAUCUGUUGUGGUUGAAGCUAUGAAGUCGUUUGCUGACCUCACAGACCAAUCUCGGGCUGCUUACGAGUGUAAAGACUGGCCCAGACUUGCACAGCUCAUGGACGAAAACUUUGAGCUAAGACGGUCUAUUUAUACUGAUGACUGUCUGGGCCCAGGAAAUCUGAAAAUGGUCAAUCUUGCAAGACAGUUUGGAUCUGCAGUGAAGUUGCCUGGCAGUGGUGGUGCUGUGGUGGGCUUGUGUAUGGAACAUGGGCAACUGGUGGAGAUGAAGAAGGCUUUCCAAGAGGCGGGAUGUGUGUUUUGUCUUAUUGUGCCUUAUGAUCCAUCACAGCAGGGUCAUGCAUGAGUACUCUGAGAAAAAGUCAAUUAUUUAUUAUGUAUGGGCCAAGAAGCUGUGAUUAAAGCAUCUGGUGGAGGAAA